GGAAGAUCAAAAAAACUUCAGAGUGGCUACUAAGCUGUUCAAGUAUAUCCAAGAUGGCGUCGUCAAUGGAAGUUCAAACUACUACUUCGAAGGAAUCAGAGACUGUUUUGGCGAGUUCUGGUUCGAGUGGAAGCGUAUCAGUGGCUCUUCAUCCCUUAGUAAUUAUGAAUAUAUCUGAACACUACACCAGAAUAAAGGCGCAAUACGGAGAACCCAACCCACAAGGUGAUUUGUUUUGUUUGCUGCUUGCAAUAUUUUCCCGCAAACCGUCUUGGCUUGUAACAGUCUUUCGUUUUCGACAGCAUACCUGUUAUCUUUCGUUUAAUGUAAACCUGUUGCAGUGUAUAACUAGCUAUUUUUAUUUAAAUGUUGAAAUAUUGUAAGCCUGUAUUCAGACCUUUUUAAUGAUUAUCACCCCAUCUUUUCCAGUGAUAGGAGCACUGCUAGGGACCCAAGAUGGCCGUAAGAUUGAAAUUUUCAAUUCCUUUGAGCUUCAGUUCGAUGUGUUUGAUGACGGACAACUUGUGAUAAAUAUAGAGUACUAUCGGAAAAAAGAGGAACAGUGUGAGUUGAUAUUACUUUGCAAGGUGGUAGUUGUACUCUGUGGAAGAAAACGUUUUAAUUUCAUUUAAGUAUGAUGCGCUCAACAGAGUUGCGUCGUUUGUUGUCAAGCGAACCUUGCUAAAAAUUUACUGGUAUGCAAAAGCUGUGUAAAGUUAACCGCUGUGAACAAAUAAACACACAUAAAAAAGGCACUCAUAUUGACAGACAUUCAGUGCAGCUUAAUCACCAGUUUUUGCUGGAAAUACAAUGCCCAUUGAUUUGAACAAUGAUCAUUUCACAAUUGAGAAAACAAUAUGUCUAGCUCAUACAUACUAAUUGCGCAAAUUCAUCAAUUCUUAGAUGCAUACUUAUGCUUGUCUGUAAAGACUAGUAUGCAUCUGGUCUUACACAUGUACCAUGCACAUCUAUUAUGCAUACAUGUAUUUUGAUCUCCUUAUCUUUGAGUUGAUCUGUAGAGGAACACAAGCCAUUCUACAACUUGUUCUUAUUGCCUGACUGGCAAUAUAUUCUUAGUUCACCAGGUUUUUAAGAACUUGGAUUUCCUUGGUUGGUACACCACAGGAUCUAGUCCCACUGAGAAUGAUAUCAGGGUACACAAACAGGUAUUGGAAUUAUGGAAAUGUCAAUUGUGAAAAUGUAUUGCAUUUUUCUUCACAUGUAUAUUCAAGAAUUUAGACUGUAACUCAUUGAAAAUAAAUCUUGGAAUGAUAGAAAUGUCUAUUGUGAAAAUGUUAUUUUUUCUCCUCAGAUAUGUGAGAUAAAUGAAAGUCCCUUAUUUCUGAAACUCAAUCCACUUGCUAAGACCAAUGAUGUAGGUUUGCAAUAAUGAUUAUUACUUAGAUUUCUAAGGGACUAAACGGGACUAAAGGGGAAACUAUUUCUGUAUGAUGUUCAUGCUGAACUUUGUAAGUGACCUUUUAAGGCACUUUGUCUUAUGUCUGUCUUUUAAUCAAUUUUUUUUUCAGUUACCAAUCAGCUUAUUUGAAUCUGUGAUUGAUAUUGUUGAAGGAGCAGUAAGAAUUCAUUCCAUUUUGAUAAAAAAUUAUUGCUUAGUACAGUACCUAAUAUAUUCAUGUUUAUUGCUAGCUCUUAACAUCCUAAUAUCAGUAUGUAUAUUCUCCAUACUGUUCUCUGUUUAUCUCCUAAGGUGCUGACAAGGAGAAUUAAUUUUUAAUAAUCAAGGGCCUUUUUAGUUGGUGAUCAUUUCCCUUAUUCUCAUGACCUUAACAUGUUUUUCAGGGCUGACAUUGUAAAGAGAAAUUAGAUGUUAGUCACCUUUAGGAGUCAAAGGGUUAAGAUACCAAGAACUUAAGAAUUAUUGCCCAUAAAGAGGAAUUAUUGAAAGUAAAAAAAUCUCCAACAUAUUACAAUCCCAUUUAAGUUAACAAUGGAUUUUUUGGCCUUUGUAGUUGCACUUUUUCAUUCACUUUAUUUCAAAGCUCUAUCUCAAUGAGUAACAACUAGAAAGAGAAAAUAUUUUGUAACGGAAGUAAAGAUGUUUCUACCAUCACUCACUUUCAGACACGUAUGUUGUUUGUUGAAACUCCCUACACCCUAGCUACGGAAGAAGCUGAGAGAAUUGGAGUGGAUCAUGUGGCCAGACUAUCAAACACUGGCACAGUUGACAGCUCCACAGGUACUUUUUAUAUAUUACUUUAUAAUCUCAUGUACUUGUUCUCCAUGCAAAUAAAGAAGGAUAAUUUCGAUUUAAUGUUUCCAGUGGCUGAUCCAAUGGCUCUGUUUUUGUUUUCCAGUGUCGGAGCAUCUCCUAGCUCAGUAUAAUGCAAUUAAGAUGCUACAUUCCAGGGUCAAGAUGAUUUUAGAGUAUGCUAAAGCAGUGAAAAAUGGUAACACCCAUAGUCUAUUGCUUUGUGCUUGAAGGAAAAUGCCAACCACUCUAAAUUUGUCACUUGUGAUUGUAAAAUCUUUCCACAACCUUUUUCUUUUUUUUUCUUCUCAGGUGAAGCACCAUGUAACCAUGAGAUAAUGCGUGAUGCAUUGAGUCUUAUUCAGAGACUUCCUGUCAUGAAGACCGAUUUGUUCAGAGAGGACUUUUAUAAUGUAGGUUGAUUGUCAUUCUAUAAAGUUUUGUGUGUGUUUGUUAACCCUUUAAUUCCCAAUAUCCAAUUGUCAAUUCUCCCCUUUAGCUGCUACACAUUUCUUUGUUAGUUAUGAGGAUUUGAUGAUAGAUCAAGAUAACAACUUCUAUCUGAUAAGUUUGGGUAUUUUCAUUCCCUUUUUGCUGGAUAAUGUUGGGAUAUUAUAGGGAGAAGUUACUUGUUAAUCACUUGUGGGAGUUAAAGGGUUUAAUGAUAAUUUCUUCCACAGACAACAAUUGAUUUGGUUGUGUAACUCUCUUUUGCAGCAAUGUAAUGAUGUUAUGUUGAUGUGCUAUUUGUCUACAAUAACAAAAGGAGCCAAUAGUCUUAAUGAGGUAAGCUGAAAAAUUAGCUUAGACUAUGUCAUGAGUUGCUCAAUCUGCCAGUUUUGAGGCAUUUACUGAAAAAGUAGGUGUCAGGAGCAAAAAAACAAAAGCAUUUUGCUGAGAAACUGCCUUGUAUAAUCCACAGAAAUUUUUUACGCCCUCAAACUCAUUUUAUUGCCAAAUCUUUCCAGCCAAUACUAAAAAACCUUGUCAUAUAGAAACUGCAUUACAUGGGCAGAAAUCCAAGCAUUUCUAAGUGAAUAAAGGGGGUAAGUUUCUAAAGAAACUGUGGUGCUGCAUUGGUGGGAGAGUAUAGCAGGUAAUUUAUUGUAAACAACUGAAUUGAAAACAUAAAUUGGCCACCACAAAGAGUAAAAAAGCUGACAUUUUGAGCAUUAGUGCUUCGUUAGAGCGAUUGGGACACUUGAAACGUCAGCUUUUUGACUCUUUACUGUGGCCAAUUUACGUUUUCAACUCAGUUGUUAACACUAAAUUAUCUGCAUUUCUAAGUAAGCUUUAGCUGUGGGUAGUUAUUCAAAACAGCCAUAUUCUUAACCAUUUAAACCCUUACAUCAGUAUUCAUUUUCUCUAUACCCUUUUCUUUACAUUUCCUUUCAUACUUACAAGGAGAAUUUGUUUAACAAUCAGAUCUUGAGCUAGCGAUCAUUUACUUUAUUCUCAUGACCUUCAUGAAUGUUCCAGCACUAUUAAUGUAAGGAGAAAUUAGAUUCUGGUCAUUCUUAGGGUGAAGGGUUAACCUUUGGCAUGUGUGAAUCCUUUAGAAUCCUUUUUUUGUUUACAGGAACAGUAUUAUCAAUAUUUAACAUAAACAUUUUUGGAUAGACUUAGAACUAGUGCUGAAGAACUAUCAAUUUAACUACUUGUGGUCCUUCUUUUUCAGUUCAUUAACAAGUUCAAUGUGGUUUAUGACCGUGGAAUGGGAAGACGAAUGAGAGGAACACUAUUUUAGGGUCUUAAAUACUAGAUUUCCAAACACAGUAUUGUUCACUUAAAAAAAACCAUUACUGGAAACUAAAUUUAAAAAGUUAUUGGUUUACAAUGUGGAAAAAAAGCAAACCAAUAAAACAGUGAUUGGCUGUAUAUAGAACUUAGGGCAUGACACACAUUAGGUUAGCCCCGAUGCAAGAUUCUUAAGACUUUCAAAUAUGCAAUUUAAAUAUUACAUGUAUGAUCUGUAACUUACUAAUAUCUCUACAAGUUACAACAACCAACAAAGUCUGUCGAUUAGCAUCAUUCAUUAACUUUCUUGUAAAUAUAGUUAAUUAAUUUGUGAAAAUAAAUGGUUUUGAUUUACUUCUUUGCAAGUUUGUUUUGUUAAAAGUUCAUUUGUUCAAUUCAGUGUUCUGAUUGACUUUUACUUCCCAGAAAUUUUCAGCCAGAAAUGCAAGCCAUGCACUUUGGA